UGAACGACCAACAUGCACUGUUGGCAUGAGGGCUUCCAGGAGUUGCUUUUAUCGUUGAUAGGUGGAGUGAGUCCUUGUUGUAUGGGAUACUAGAGAUUCUAAAGAUCUGAAGAUAGAGUUCCCACACGAAGAAAAUGAUGACGUUGCCGCGCAUAAGUUGCUGGGCAUACAUGUGCGUUCUGUUGGUGCUCUUCCCCCCUUGUCGCGGUAUUACUCGCCAGCAGGAGAAGAAGGCUGUGGUGGACUGGGACGGGGAGCCGAGCGAGGUCCAGCCGACGGCACUUAUCGAAGUUGGAGCUCGACCGGGUGCUGGGGCCGGUAUGAGACGAAGUUCUACAGUACCCGCCUUUGGCGCCAAGGCUAAUGCAGCAAGGAGUAGCCCGUUGCCGAAGCCGAAGCAGAUGCAGACCGCCCUCGGCAAAGGUACAGCAGACAGCUAAAAUCUGACUUGCCUUAGACUAUGAAGAUUCGUUGAUGACGUCACGAGUCAAAUAUGUAGGUGUAGCAAGGAAGAGUUGUUGAACUUGUUGAGUCGAUGUUUACGGUCCGUAAUGUAGCUGCAUAAGUCGCGACCACCGUGAGACCCACUCAUUGUAGUAUCUUUUAUCCGCACCCAUAUCAAUCGAAUCAGAUCAUGUGCAGGAAACGGCGUCACAUCAAUUGAAAUUGCGGAAAGCGGCGUCACAAUUGAAGGAGGAAGUGGAGACAAGCGAGAAGGAUCGCCGCGCCCUGGCGCAGAAACUGACGGAACUGAAGGAGACUGAGUCGCAUAUCGGACAGGAACUGAUGGAUGCAGUGCAGUACCACAUGGAGAAGGCGAAAAGAUUGAACGACAACCUGUUGCAUGCAUUGCAGACACUGAAAGCACAGAUUACGAUUGGGCCUGGUGAUAUCAAACUCAUUCUGCGGCUUGGUUUUUCCGGCGACACGAGCACGACCAGACAUCUACGAAUCUCCGGAAAGUCGACAAUAUCGGAUGUGGUGGAUGUAGUUUAUUCCGUUUUUGAGCUCGACAGCCGCGAAGAUGUCAAACAAGAACUAGGUGGACUAGUACUAACCCCCGGUAGCGCUAGCGGUACCACUACCACCACGGAACCUCUACUAGAGAGCCCCAACAUGGAGGUGUCCAAGCUCGUGAACAAAGAGACCAAGCAGCUGGAGUUGACGGCGGUGCUGUCGCUGUCGGAGAAAGGUACUGACGAGAAGUGCUCUGCCUUGGUUGACGAGAUGCUGGAACAAGCCAAAACUUCGGUUUAACAGGAAUUAUUGUAUUAGCUAAUCGGUACGCAGACGCUGUCGUAAAAGUUGCAACCCUUCUUGAACAGCGUGAUGACUUCAUCAUUCAUAGGGUUAGCAGUUUUUCUCAUUCUAUCCAAUCUUCUCGCUCACUCCUUCCCCUGAUGAAAUGCUGUACUUGAAAAAAGAAGCUGCUUGAUCUCCAUUGGAUGUACGUGAUGGAACAAUGAAAUCUCUAUCCCUCCGUCAUGUGACCGAAGAACUCAGGUGGUGUAAGAGCGUACGCAUUUCCUUCUGGUAA